AUGGCGACCGCCGUUGACGACGACUACGUUGGAUUGAGAACGCACCGGCAUUUUGCUUUCGCGCAAGGACGGAUUUUCAGCAGCAGCGAGCGAGUUACACGAGAAGUCAUGGAUCGUCUCUGGCACGACCGCACGGGAUGGGCCUCCUCAGUCCCGGCGACAGCCAUGCAGGACAGUGUCGCCCAAAAGUCGAAAGACGGUGCCAUCGCAUGCUUGGAUGACGGCGAGCAGGCGCCGCCUGGCAAGGCGGCGACAUCGGCGGCCCGCGAUGGGCAUGGCGCACCUGCUGUCGCGACGAAUAACGGGGCGGAGGCACCACCUCGCGCGCUGUUCCAUCCGAUCAAGGUGGACGACAUGCACGCGGAGAUGGACCGCCUGCGACUCGAGCUAUGGGCGGCGCGCAUAGAGUGCAGCGAGCUAAGGGGUCAACUAGAGGCGCGGUCGGAGCGCGCGCUGGAGGAGGAGCGCCUGGCCGGCGCGAGGAGCGCGCGGGAAGAGGCGCAGCGGCAGGUGGAGGAGACGAGGGGCGAGGCGGCGGCGGCGAGGCGCGAGGCGGAGCGGGCGAGGCGGUACCACGAGGAGGAGGUGGCCGUGCUGCUCGGCGCGCACCGCGACAAGGAGGCGCUCUGGCAGCGCAAGGAGGUGGAGGUGGAGCACGAGCUGCGCCACCUGCGCCACCGUCUAGCAGACGCACGCAACG